AUGACUUCUGUGUCAGGUUUGCACCUUAUCGUACCUGGUGGAGGAUUGUACAGCACGCCGGUGAUGAUGCUGUUAACCCCUCUCGGCAGACGAUCUGGGCGUAUCCUAAGCCACAGUUAUAGGCUGGCGCCUGAGUACAAGUUUCCCGUACCAUUGGAAGAUUGCCUCCACGCUACAAAAUACUUCCUACACCACGCCCGAGAGUACGGUGUAGACCCUACCCGUGUGGGUGUAGCAGGAGAUAGUACAGGGGGAAACCUAGCAGCGGCAGUGGCUUUAAAACUGGCACUAGAAACCAGCAACAACGCCUGUCCCCUCAAGCUACAAGCCCUGGUCUACCCUGCUCUACAGGCCUUAGAUUUUCAGACAACUUCGCACAGAACGAGGGAGACACCGUGGUUGGAUACGCUAUCCCAUGCGUCAAGCUGUAGCUUGUAUCUGACUGGUAACAUCUCUUGGGCCAAGAGAUUUGUGAGUAACACUCACAUAAGCGACUGUUUAAAAACGUCUCGAUUCGCCGGCUAUGUAGACCGACACCUUAUCGAUCCCUCCCUUCCCAAAAUGGCCCUAACGGAUGACGUCAUUAUCGACCUGCCAGAAGAAAUCAAGGAUAUCGUAAACCCCUAUUUCAGCCCUCUCAUGGCAGAGGAUAGCCAGCUGACAGGGUUUCCAAACACCUGUAUUCUGGUUUGUGAGUUUGACGUGCUCAGAGAUGACGGUAUCAUGUUUGCCGAACGUCUGGAGCAGGUUGGGGUUAGGGUCAGACUGGAACACUUUCAGAAAGGUUUCCACGGUGUCCUAAAUCUUAUAAGAAAACCGCUAGAGUUUCAAGUUGGGAAGGAGAUGAUGAAAAGUCUGGUGUCAUUUCUGAAUGAAAAUCUAUAA